AUGGAGCCUAUCAACGCUGCGCUUGCAGCUAUAGAAUCUCUAAAAUCUGGAGAAAAACUUGUAUACAUGCAGAUUGCUAAAAGGUUUGGUGUCAACCGCAUAACGCUUGCGCGGCAGCAUCAAGGUCUUACCACCUCAUGCGCUAUCUGCUAUCAGAACCAGCAAGCUCUCCACCUACAACAGGAAAUUGAGCUUAUAGAAUAUAUCAAUCAAGUCAGCAAGCAAGGCCUGCCGCCUGAUAGAAAUUUGGUACAAAGACUUGCUUCACAGCUUGUCCAGAAUGAGCUUGGUUACCACUGGAUUGAUUGCUUUGUCCAGCGCUAUCCAGGUCUUCUCAAACCAAAACUGGUCACCACAAUGGAUCAUAAUUGCCACAGAGCAGAUUCAGAACUGAAAUACAAGCUAUACUUCAAGCUUCUGCGCAAUAAACUUGAUCAAUAUCAAGUUGAGCCACACCAUGGCUACAAUAUGGAUGAUUGA